AUGCAUGAGCAGGAUGCAGCACCGCACGUGGUGGCGCUGGUGGGCGACUCGCUCAGCCGCCAGCAGUUCCUCUCGCUGCUCUGCCUGCUCGCCCCGCGCCCCCGAGUGCUGCCCCCCAACCACACCCGCCCAGUCAAUGAAGGCAGCGAGGGCAGGGCGCGGGCAGGGCGUGGCGGGGGUGGUGGACGUGGGGUGGCGCUUCAACCUCACGGGGGCGCGCCUGUGCGCGGCACUGCCAGGGGCGCGGCUGUGUGGCUGCCUGGCAGCAACACCACUGUGCUGCAGCGCACCUCCAACCUGCUGUGCCGUGAGGACGUGCUGCCCGCUGCCGUGCCCGUGGAGGAAGAGGGAGAGGAGGAGGAGGGGGGGGGGGAGAUGAGAAGGGGGGGGGGAGGGGGGGGGGGAGGAUGGAGAAGGAAAGGGGGAGUAAGGGGGAGAGUGUGGAGGAGGGGAGGGAGGAGGGCGGGCAGGGGGGCGGCGGCAAGUGGGGGCGGUGGGGCGGGGAGGAGGAGGCCAGUAGUACCGGCGGGUGGUUGGGUGUAUGAGGCGGACGAGUGGCUGCUGCAGCACCUGUGGCGCCCUGGACGUGCUCGUGCUCAGCACUGCCAACCACUGGACUGCCAGCAGGUGCUCAGCGAGGGCGUAUGA